GAUCUUCUCAAGAAGUUACUUACAAUCAUCCGGACUGCUCUGGAUACGCGAGUCAAGCAGCAUUACCUUUGGCUUAAAACAAUCCUUUACCAGACAACAAAUCAUAUCAUCAGCAUGGUCAGUCAAAUGAAUAAAUCAAACGAGGAACUUAAUCAAAAGUUUCACGAAGCUACUGCUAAAAUUCAAAACUUGAAUGACAAUGCAAAUGAAACAGUGUGUAGUUUGAAUCUUAGUAUUGAGACUGAAAGUGAAAAUUUGAUAAGGAAUAUAAAAACGUAUUUAAAUUCGAGAGAAAUACGGACUGCUAUACGACAAUGGAGCAUAAACAUGGACGACUCCACCAACACACAAUUAUCUCAAAGUAGACGAUCGGCGAUAAUCAAAUCCGAUCAAUCCAGUGGACCUAAUAUCUACGAAUCACUAGCACUUCGAAAACUGGUGGAUCAGAUUGAUUUUUGGAUUAAAGCCAACAAAUACGAUGAAAGAAUGAUAUCAACAUUGGAAAACAAAAUUAAUUCAAAAUUCGAAGUACUUAAAGGCGAAAUGGCAGAUAUUAAUAACGAGAUGACGGAUGGAAAUUCAUUAUCUUCGUAUUCAUCAGGCUCGACGCUUCCAGAAGAUGACAUUGUCGAAGUGUUAACGUCUGUUAAAAAAGCGCGCCGUAAAAAGCUCAAAAGUAAAAUCGAAGAUAUUGCACAAGGUACUCCUGAGUCUCGUGUUAUCUUGAUGCCUAAAGUGCUGAUUGCUAGAGCCAUUUUAUCAACUAUGAACCUUGGCCGUAGUGGUCGCAGAAUAUCAGCUUACACAAGUGACCCCAAAGAGUUCGUCAAAGAUAAAGCCGUUAUUAUUGUAGACGUUCUUUUAAAGGAUGAAAAACUUCUUCAAAAAUUGUGUGCUCGAUACACAGAAACACUUCAUGACUAUGUUGAAAACAUCAAACAAAGUAUACCUAAAUUCGUUGCUGUUAACCAAAAACUGAUGGAAGAAAUUACAUUAAGUCGUCAAAUGACAUGUGAAAAUAAAGACGCAUUAACGGAAACAAUUAAAAAACUAGACAGUGUUCGUGAACUCACGAGAGGAUACGAGUGUCUCUAUGUUCGCGAUUUUAGAAAAGAAUCGCUAAAAUUACCUGAAACAGAUACCUUGGAUAAAUUAUCAAAAUCAUCAAGACAGAAUUUAGCAAAAUCUUUAAGUAAUCCCAGUACUUCCCAUUCUGUUAAUUGUACUAGUUUUUGUGGCCAAUUGGGAACCGUUAUCCUUCCUGAUAUAGAACGACCUACUAGCAUUAUGAGCCGAACAUCAAAUUUCAAUCUCGAUGAAGAAACAGUUUUCAAAGAAAAUGCAAGAUUAAGAAGCCUCUCAGAUAUUAAUAUUGCACCAUUCCUGGGAACAGUCAGACGAGACAGAAAGGCAGUGUAUAUAUUUGCUGGCAAUUUGCGACCAAUACAUCGAUAUCUGGCGCAACCUCAUUUACCAGAUAUUAAAGGUCUCACUAUAAACAUUAUAAAUGGACUAGUCAGUGGUUUAGCUGUUCUACAUAAGAUUAAUUUGGUUCAUAUGGAACUGACACCUCAAUCAAUAAUGAUAGAUGCCGAUGAUGAAGAAGUGAAGCUAUUUGGUGGAUGUUUACCUCAAAAAAUUCCAUCACUACAAAACAACGAUUCGGAGAAAGUAGGCUUUCUCCAGUUCCUCAGUCCCGAUGUGCUGAGGGGAAACCAAUACUCAAAAGCCGAUGAUAUCUACAGUCUUGCUCUGGUGGUUUGGAACCUAAUUUUCAAAAACUGUCCAUUUCAAGAUCAAAAUGCGUUAACUCGAGCUUCGUUCAUAGAACAGCUUAACCCUGAAAAAAUGCUAACGAUUCAGGACAGCUGGCCCGCUCAACUUCAAGAGUUUUUUAGAAGAUGUCUGUUUUCGAAAGCUUCAGAUAGAUUUACUAUCGAUCAAGUCGCCGAAACUUUAAGUCAGUUUGAACUGAAAGAUGUAAUAUGCGAAGUAAGCACGGUCCAACGAAGACAGGUAUACAAUCGUUUAUCAAGGUCUAAGCCUAGAUCUAGUCACAAUUCUAACUUUGAAUAUGAACAAUCAUAAAAUAUUACUUUGACUGUAUUUUAUGUGACUUGUACUUUAGUGUAAAUAUUUUUAACUCCAAACUUGAUUUAAGUGUUUAUUUUUCAAAAAUUGAAUAAGUAGCUGGACUUUUCUGUUCAUUUUGUUUUCAUAGAAUUAUAUUUUGCUGUUAGAACUAACUUAAGGUUGUUCUAGUUCUACCCAUGAUUCAAAGUACCGGAUCGUGGACUCGACAUUAGAGAAACGCUCAUAAUAACAUCGAUAAUAAAGCUACAGCGAUCAACUGUAUAUGGUCAACAACACGAUCUAAUUUGACAACUCAUUUAUAUGUACUUUCAGUGUGUACUUUUUUUUAUUCUAGAUAACGUUUCGUUUUCCUGCAAAUUAUAUAUAAAUGUAAUGUGGUAUGAUGAGAUAUUCACUUUGUUCAUAAUAUUUAUUGUCGGCCUAUAAAUAUACAUUUCCUGUGUUAGAAAUUGAAUGAUAUGAAAUGCUCUAUUUUU